AGACGCCAUUAGUACUUGCGCUCAAAAGUUCUUCAGUCUUUCCGUGACCAGCGCCUACAAAAGAUUCCACCAGCAAUGUCCAAAUCUGUCAGCCUACUUUGUCUUAUCUUCAUCGCAUCAAACCGCGCAUCGGAAGUCUUUCAAAAUGCAGCCUUCCAGUGCGGCAUCCCGAAGCACGCCAACACGCUGCUGAUCGUCAACGGGGUGGACGCGAAGAUCAGCGACUGGCCGUGGCAUGCUGCGAUUCGGCUGCAUUCGAACGACUCUACGACGGAGUACGUCUGCGGUGGCACGUUGAUCAGCGAGCGGUUCGUCGUGACGGCCGCGCACUGUACGCUGAAUCCGGACAAUCCGAACAAGGCUCCGCGGAUGUCGGUUCAGCUGGGCGUCAAUGCGGUUGGCUCGCCGGAGGGGAAGACCUUCAACGUGGAGAAGGUUCAUCGGCACGGUGGGUUUUCGUUGGAAGAAUUGCGGGAUGAUAUUGCGCUGCUGGAGUUGGAGAGUCCGGUUGAGUUUACGGACUUUAUCCUGCCGGCUUGUCUGAGCAAGAGGACGGAAUUGGCGCCGGGGAAGUUGGGAGCCGUGGUCGGUUGGGGAGUGACCGAGAAUGAUAUUCCGUCGACGAAGCUGAAGCUGGCCAAGCUGCCGGUGAUCGACGAGUUGGAGUGUAAGCGGAAGGAGCCGGAGCUGUACGGACGAGUGCUGACGGAGAGGGUAUUUUGUGCGGGGUAUGUCAACGGAACAACGGCCUGUAACGGAGACAGUGGCGGUGGAAUGGUUUUUGAAAGGGGUGACGCUUGGUAUUUGGGUGGGGUUGUGUCGUUUACAAGAACCCGUGACGGCUCACAUCUCUGCCAGACCAAGACGUAUUCGGUGUUCAUCAAAGUCAAUGCGUAUUUGGACUGGAUCGAGAAGAUCACCAAUACCGAUUUUAGCCAGGAGUACGGAAUUGAGAAAACCGUACCCUGUUCAACAUCCGGUCAAACCAACGGAACGUGCGUCCCAGUUCAGCAAUGUCGCGACGUCUUCGAUACCCUUCGAUCGCCACUUCUUUCUGAAGAAUCCGCCAACAAAAUUCGUCAAAACGUCUGUGAACUGCGUGGAGUUCGCCGCAGCGUUUGCUGCGCCCAAGAUCAGGUUGAACGGAUUGCGAUCCACCGAAACGCGAUCCUGCUGCCGCUAGAUUGUGGAGUUUCGAAGCAGUGGGAACCGCCCAGCACCGCUGCCAAAGCGAACGUCUACGAGUUUCCGUGGAUUGCGCUGAUUCGAUCGAGCAAGGCUACCGAAGAUCACGACCUGUACUGUACGGGAUCGCUGAUUAACAAUCGCUACGUGCUGACCACUGCGAGAUGUUUGAAGGCCAAGGAGCGGAAGGAACUGGAUUACGUUCGUCUAGGGGAGCGAUCGCUCGGUCAGGAAAGAGACUGCGACGGAGCUGACCAGUGCAGUGGACCUCCGCUGGACGUCAAGGCCGUGCUACCGUUCAUCCUGCAUCCGCAAACCGAUAAGCAGAGCAUCAACAACGAUCUUGGACUGGUUCGUCUGCAGGAGAAGGUGAUCUUCACGGACAACAUCGGCCCGGUUUGUCUACCAAUCCGAGAAGAUCUUCGCACAACGCUACCCAAGGAGUUCACCGUGAGUUUGUUCGAGGGCAACGGUGCCGGGCUGGAGCUGUACAAGACCCGCUCGAGCUUUGUCGAAAAGUCCGAGUGCGAGGAGCGUUUUGAGGACUUUGGCUAUACGCCGUGGGUCACGGACAGGAUGUUCUGCGCGCUAGCCCAGGGUCCAAAGUACUUGUGCGCGCAACACUUGGGGGCACCGUUGAUCGCGCGGGUCACCCAAGGGGAUCGCGUCCGGGCGGUGCAGUACGGGGUGACCCGGAACGCCGAGACCAACUGCACGAUCGCGCAGACCGUUCCGAAGGUCUACAUGAACGUGGUUGUGUUUGUGGAUUGGAUAUUGGAGAGUAUUUCACCGUAAUAAAACACUUAGAACCUUGAUAUAACUGACUUUAA